AUGAGUCUUACUAUUGAUCCUCUUCAUAAAAUCUCUCCAUGGAAGGAAACUUGGAGUAUUGAGGCUAAGAUCUUGACCAUUUGGGAAGAUGCUACCAUUGUUAAUGAAAAUAUGCAGAAACUCUUACAUGUGGUCUUGAUGGAUAAGCAGCACCACAAGGUCCAAGCAAUUGUUGAGGAUGAUUUGAUCACAACUUUUAUUCAUCAGUUGAAAGAAGGACACAUAUUCAUUAUUUCCAACUUCAAAGUGAUACCUAAUGGUGGAUUGGUUAGGGUUACAAGACAUCGGUUCCGCAUCCUUUUCAAGUGUAGUACCUCUGUUGUUGCAACUGCAAAUAGGGUCAUACCUAAUCCUGGUUUAAGUUUAACCUCUAUGGAUGAGAUUCUUCAAAAGCACACUGAUUAUGAGUACUUAAUAGAUAAAGUUAGUCUCCAAAAUGUGAUCAAUGUUUUUCGGGUUUCAAUCAACCCUGAUAUGUACCGUAUUGCAAGCGACCAUUUCAGUAGACUGCGUAAUAAUGAGAUUGGGGAUUUAGUAUCUGUUAUUGAUGAUGAAUCUUUUGAUUGGAAGCUAAUAUGGACUAUUUCUAAUCUUAAGGGAAACAAUGAGGUGUGUACUAUUAGGUUUUUAACAUCUUUUAGUGCUAUGUAA